AUGACUGUCAGAAAUAUCGCCUCCAUUUGUAAUAUGGGCACCAAUGCCUCUGCUCUGGAGAAAGACAUUGGUCCAGAGCAGUUUCCCAUUAAUGAACACUACUUUGGAUUGGUCAAUUUUGGAAACACGUGUUACUGUAACUCGGUCCUGCAGGCUCUGUAUUUCUGCCGGCCGUUCAGGGAGAAUGUGUUGGCCUAUAAAGCCCAGCAGAAGAAGAAGGAAAACCUCCUCACGUGCUUGGCUGACCUCUUCCACAGCAUCGCCACGCAGAAGAAGAAAGUCGGCGUGAUCCCACCCAAAAAGUUCAUCUCACGUUUGCGCAAGGAAAAUGAUCUGUUUGAUAACUACAUGCAGCAGGACGCUCAUGAGUUUCUCAACUACCUGCUGAACACUGUGGCUGACAUCCUGCAGGAGGAAAAGAAGCAAGAAAAACAGAACGGACGACUGAAGAACAACGGAAACGCCGUCGCCUCGGAAACCGAGGCCGAGAACAAAACGGAACCCACCUGGGUUCACGACAUCUUCCAGGGCACGCUGACCAAUGAGACGCGCUGUCUCAACUGCGAGACGGUCAGCAGCAAAGAUGAGGACUUCCUGGACCUGUCUGUGGAUGUGGAGCAAAACACAUCAAUAACACACUGUCUCAGGGACUUCAGUAAUACAGAGACUCUGUGCAGUGAAUACAAAUACUACUGUGAAACAUGCUGCAGCAAGCAAGAGGCACAGAAACGUAUGCGGGUGAAGAAGUUGCCUAUGAUACUAGCCCUGCAUCUGAAGCGCUUUAAGUAUAUGGAACAGCUCCAUCGCUACACUAAGCUGUCCUACCGCGUGGUCUUCCCUCUGGAGCUGCGUCUCUUUAACACGUCUGGGGACGCAGUUAACCUCGACCGCAUGUACGACCUGGUCGCUGUGGUCGUUCACUGUGGCAGUGGUCCCAAUAGAGGACACUACAUUACAAUAGUGAAGAGUCAUGGCUUCUGGUUGCUGUUCGACGAUGACAUUGUAGAGAAAAUUGAUGCCCAGGCCAUUGAAGAGUUUUAUGGAUUGACCUCUGAUAUUUCCAAGAACUCAGAGUCAGGCUACAUUUUGUUUUAUCAGUCCAGGGAGUAA